AUGUCUCAGGGCAAAGUUCUCGUUGUUUCAAAUCGGUUACCAGUAACAAUCACCAAAAAGGAUGAUGGGUCGUACGAUUACUCCAUGUCUUCCGGAGGCUUGGUGACUGCUCUUCAAGGCUUGAAGAAGUCCACAGAAUUCCAGUGGCUUGGAUGGCCCGGCUUGGAGAUUCCAGAGGCUGAACAAGAAACAAUGAACAAGGAUCUUAUGGACAAGUUCAAAUGUACUGCCAUCUUCUUGAGCGACACCAUUGCGGAUUUGCACUACAAUGGGUUUUCCAAUAGCAUAUUAUGGCCCUUGUUCCACUACCAUCCGGGCGAAAUGAAUUUUGACGAAAAUGCAUGGGCCGCAUACAUUGAAGCCAAUCGUAAAUUUGCAUCCAAAGUUGCGUCGCAGGUCGAAGACAAUGAUAUGGUUUGGGUUCAUGACUACCACUUGAUGUUGUUGCCCCAGAUGUUGAGAGAGAUCUUGGGAAACUCGAAAAAGAAUGUGCGUAUUGGCUUUUUCCUCCAUACACCAUUCCCCUCUUCGGAGAUCUACCGUAUCUUGCCCGUGAGAAAAGAAAUCUUGGUCGGUGUUUUGAGCUGUGAUUUGAUCGGUUUCCAUACCUACGACUAUGCAAGACAUUUCUUAUCCUCUGUGGCACGCAUUGUGUCAGAUGUGAAAACAGUUCCAAACGGUAUUGAGUACCAAGGUCGUUCUAUCAGUAUUGGCGCUUUCCCCAUUGGCAUUGAUGUCGACAAGUUCACAGAGGGCGUGAAAAAACCCAAUGCUGUUGAGCGCAUUAAGCAAUUGAAGCAAAAAUUCAAGGACGUGAAGGUUAUUGUUGGUGUCGAUAGACUAGACUAUAUCAAGGGAGUGCCUCAAAAAUUGCAUGCGUUUGAGGUUUUCUUGCAAGAGAACCCUGAAUGGAUCGGCAAGGUUGUUUUAGUUCAAGUGGCGGUGCCAUCGAGAGGUGAUGUUGAGGAGUAUCAAAACUUGCGUGCUACUGUCAAUGAGCUUGUCGGUAGGAUCAACGGACAGUUUGGUACGGUGGAAUUUGUGCCUAUUCAUUAUCUACACAAGUCCAUCCCAUUUGAGGAGCUUAUAAGUUUGUACCACAUUUCUGAUGUGUGCUUGGUGAGUUCCACAAGAGAUGGUAUGAACUUGGUGAGCUAUGAGUACAUUGCUUGUCAGGAGGAAAAGAAGGGGCUGCUCAUUUUGUCUGAGUUCGCUGGCGCAGCUCAGUCGUUGAACGGAGCUAUUAUUGUCAAUCCCUGGAACAUUGAGGAGUUGAGUGAAGCUAUCAAAGAAGGCUUGACUUUACCUGAGGAGAAGAAAGCGCUCAACUUUAAAAAGUUGUUUGACUACAUUUCCAAGUAUACUUCGGGCCAGUGGGGAGAAACAUUUGUCAAGGAGUUGUACAAGUGCAAUAGCGAUGAGAAUACAUCCAAAUAG